ACUGCCUGUCAGACGGACAGCACGCUAAGUUAGCGUGUUACUUUGAUGCUUGAAAUCAAUUCGUGCCCGCUGGACAAGGGAUGCACUUGACUUUUUUUGAAAAAUUAAAAAAGUCAAAUAAGACUUGACUGAGUUUAUCAGAAUUUCUUUUGAAGAGGCUACCUAAAACUGCUCUGGGGGGUGGAGUGUCUGCAAAGUGUUGCGCCGAUUGGGGCGCCCGAUCGGGGACGAGAGAUGGCGUGCUUGUUGGAGGCCCCUCUCCGCAUCAGUGUACUGUCUGAAGUUACUGCCACGAGUCGACAUUAUGUGGACCGUCUGUUUGACCCUGAUCCACAGAAAGUACUGCAGGGAGUCAUUGACAUGAAGAAUGCUGUAAUUGGCAACAAUAAGCAGAAAGCCAAUUUGAUCGUCCUGGGAGCUGUGCAGAGGUUACUGUACCUACUGCAGCAGAGCUCCUCCGGCUUGGAGCUGAGAACCGAGUGCGCGGUAGUACUUGGCAGCCUAGCCAUGGGCACAGAGAACAAUAUCAAGUCCCUGGUGGACUGCCACAUCAUCCCUGCCCUUCUUCAAGGUCUCUUGUGUCCUGAUCUGAUUUUCAUCGAGGCUUGUCUUCGUUGUCUCAGAACAGUCUUUAUAAGCCCCGUGACCCCGGUGCAGCUACUCUACACUGAUCCCACUGUGAUCCCUCAUUUAAUGUCUCUCCUGAGCCGCUCACAUAGAACGCAGGAGUACACCACGCAGAUCUUCUCCCACUGUUGUAAGACUCCGGAGCACCAGACAGUUCUGUUUAACCAUGGUGCUAUUCAGAACAUUGCCCCUUUGCUAAUAUCGCCCUCUUAUAAGGUGCGUAUGCAGGCUCUAAAAUGUUUCUCAGUGCUGGCAUACGAGAACACUCAGGUCUCCAUGACACUGGUGAAUGUGCUGGUGGACGGUGAGCUGCUAUCUCAGGUAUUUGUCCGAAUGAUGCAAAGGGAUCAGCCCAUUGAAAUGCAACUAACGGCAGCCAAAUGUCUCACGUACAUGUGUCGAGCAGGCGCCAUCAGGACAGAUGACAGCUGCAUUGUUCUAAAGACACUGCCGUGCUUGGUGCGCAUGUGUAGCAAGGAGCACCUGUUGGAGGAGAGGGUAGAGGGAGCGGAGACGCUGGCCUUCCUAAUGGAGCCCGAUGUAGAACUGCAGCGGAUCGCCAGCACCACUGACCACCUGGUAGCCAUGUUGGCCGACUACUUCAAGUAUCCUAGCUCUGUGUCAGCCAUCGCUGACAUCAAGAGGUUGGACCACGACCUGAAACACGCGCACGAGCUCAGGCAAGCAGCUUUCAAACUGUAUGCGUCGCUGGGCUCCAAUGAUGAGGACAUUCGAAAAAAGAUCACGGAGACUGAAAACAUGAUGGACAGAAUAGUCAGCGGCCUAUCGGAGUCCAGCAUUAAAGUUCGUUUGGCGGCAGUCAGAUGUCUUCAUAGUCUUUCACGGUCAGUACAACAGCUGCGGACCAGCUUCCAUGACCACGCUGUGUGGAAACCUCUUAUGAAGCUUUUGCAAAACGCCCCUGAUGAAGUCUUGGUCAUGGCGUCUUCCACACUAUGCAACCUUCUGCUGGAGUUUUCACCCAGUAAAGAGCCCAUCCUUGAAUCAGGUGUCAUAGAACUACUGUGCAGUCUGACCCAGAGUGAGAGUCCUGCUCUCCGGGUCAACGGAAUCUGGGCCCUAAUGAACAUGGCCUUCCAGGCAGAUCAGAAGGUAAAAGUGGAGAUUGUUCAAUGUUUGGGCACGGAGCAGCUGUUUCGCUUACUGUCCGACCCUGACGGCAAUGUGCUGAUGAAGACUCUUGGUUUGCUGCGGAACCUCCUGUCAACACGUCCUCACAUCGAUCAGAUCAUGAGUUCUCAUGGCAAGCAGAUCAUGCAGGCCGUCACGCUCAUUCUGGAGGCAGAGCACAGUGUGGAGGUCAAAGAACAGACGCUGUGCAUUCUCGCCAACAUCGCCGACGGCAGCACGGCCAAGGAGCUCAUCAUGACCAAUGAUGACAUGCUACAGAAAAUAAAAUACUACAUGGGUCACUCCAAUGUGAAACUCCAGCUCGCUGCCACCUUCUGCAUCUCUAACCUCAUCUGGAAUGAGGAAGACGGUUCUCAGGAGCGCCAGGACAAGUUAAGGGAAUUGGGCUUCGUGGACAUGUUGCACAAACUCUCACAGGCAUGCGACGCCAACCUCAGUGACAGGGCCAAGGUGGCCAUGCAGCAGUACCUGGCAUGAACACAAGGGGGCGUCACAAGCAUCCGUCGAGGAGGACACCUACUGUUGUCUGAACAGCUGAAGCUUUUUGAGUUGCACAAAGACACCUUUUUUUUUUUUAAUUGUAUUUUUCAACUUCCCUUGACGGUUUGGAGACUAUCACUAUUUUUCGUGAAGUUUGGAGGUUUUUGGUGUGACAAUUAUCCUGUCAUGGACGCCACUUGUUGAAUAAACUGGAUGACAAGAUUUUCCUCUUGUUGUUAUUUUUACGAUUCAUUCAAGAAGGCGCUUUCCUUCUUUUUCCUCCUCAAGACAAAGGACAUCUUAAGAGGGGAGGGAUACAGAGUCUGCUAUUUUGAAAUGUAUAUAGAUACCUCGUAAAUAUAUAUAAAUUUGAGCAUAUAAAUAUCUAUUUUUGGAAUGUUAUUCCCCGUUUUUUCCCUCAGUUUUCAGUCUUGUCACCAAGCCACUGUUUUGUCAUACUCAGCCAAGUAGCAUUCCCCUUGUUUGUAUUUGUGUCAAAACUAUUAAACCUUUUUUGUCCAGAUUACAAGAAAAUAUCACAAUUCAGACACGCUCACCUUUGUGGAUACUUAGUGGGGGAAAAAAUCAUUGUAUUUAAGUUCUCCCUUACUUGUUCGUCCUUUCCCUGGAGUGUUUACUGACAUGCCACACAUCGCUGAUACUCUGAAUGUCCUCAUUGAAAAUAUAUGCAGU